AGAAAAUUAUUUCGUGGGGUGUUUCCUUAUAAUAUACUGUACUUCCAAGUCCGCCUUGAAGAAAGAAGAGAAAAGGGGGAGAGAGAGAAAGAAAAAGGUGGACGUGACGCUGAUUUUUUGGUUUUUCCUGCCCUUUAAAGACCUCGCGACGGAUCCUGACAAGGAGGAGUUGCUUUGAGGGAAAGGGGUGGAAAAAGAGGGGACCAUUCCUUGCUUCUCUGGAGAAGAUUGGCUUCGAGGAGGAAGAAAAGGAGGAAAAUGAGGAAGGAGAGGAGGGAGAGGAAUGCAAAGCAACAUCCUCUUUCUCCGGCUUCCUGGCUGGAUCUGUGAAGAGUGAAGGGGAAGUGCCUUCCAGGAUCUUCCGGAGAUGCGUCCAAAGGGGUGAAGGUGGGUCAAAAAGGAGGGGAAUCAACAAACCAGCCCCGAAGGAGUCAACCAACCAACCAAGAUGUUCCUGACCUGAUCCUCGCCAUGGAUUACAAAGGAGACUUCCAAGCCGGCUUGCAAGAGAUCGACGGGAUCCCCCUGGGCUACCUGCAGGUCGAAGGCACCCGGAUGUUCGCCUUGCCCCAAGUCCUGAGCCUCCUCUUCCAAGGCGUGCCCAAGGCCGCCCUCCGCAAAGCCAUGUCAGGCCUCCAGAUCCGGAGCCGUCGCUGCGACUUGCGGGAGCUGCGCACCCUCAAGGCCAUCCAGUCGGUCCCCAGCCGCGCCGUCAAGUGCUCACUCAUCUCCAAAGCCGACUUGGAAGCCCUCCGGCGGUGCUGCCGGGCUGUGGCUCCCCGGAGGAUGAGGAAGAGGAAAAGGAAGAGCAAACGGAGGGAUGCCGGGCACAGCAAAGCGCUCUUCCCCCCCGACAGCAGCUUCCGAAAGACUCCCUAUUGCAAAGUCGCUCCUCCGGCGGGGAAAAGUCACUCCUACAACCUAACCAACGUCUUGGACUUGCAGCUCCUCAGAGGUCAAGUUUUGUCCAAAAACCCCGACGUGACUCGCCCCAAACGCCCUUCUUGCGGGUGUUUGGCCAAAAAGCCUCGCUUGUCCGGCUCCAGCGACUCUGAUUCCUCCAGUUUGGCGACAACUAGCGAUUCCUCCGAGGAUGAAGAAGACGAGGAGGAGGAAGAGGAGGAUUCGACGUGUAGUAGCACCACCAGCAGCGAUUGCGAAGAGGACGAGGAAGAGGAAGGCUCCUCAUCGGGAUCGGAGAGCAGCUCGCUUUGCAGCGGGGAUUCCGUCCAAAGCACUCGCUAUAGACAAGCUGCGUUGGCGCCCCGCAUCGCUCCACAAGCCCCUCCCGUCCCCUCGGGGCCGGCUUUGCUCCCCAAAGCCUUGCGACCCGAGCCCGGCCUCCUCUUUUGGGCCAGGACGCUGCGCGCUUCCUCUUUGGCCACUUGCAAAGAGACGGAGCUUCGCCCCAAGCAGGACUCCAAAAUCCCCUCCCCGUCGCAGAGCCCUCCAAAGGACAAGCCCCCCACUGCAGAGGCUUCUCCCCCCGGAGGCCCCGACAGCAGGGAGACCCAGUUCGACCGCUUGAUCCGCCAGUCCAAGCUCUGGUGCUACGCCAAAGGCUUCAACGUCGACGGGAAGGCUCUGCGGCGCAGCGAGCAAGGCAAAGCCAAGCAAGAGAAGGCUCCCAAAGCCAAGCGGAAAGGGAGACCGCGGAAGAAAGAGGCCGGGAAGAAAGGCGCCCCGCGUUGCUCCAACCCUCCCAGGCCGGCCUUCACCCUCCUGGGCACCUUCCCCUGCACGCCCGCUUUGAUCGUCGGCUCCGACGGGGAUUUGUGCCCGGCUUCCUCGCUCUGCGUCAAGGACUCCGCCGCCCCCGGCAAGACGCACCCGCUCUGGGCCUGGCAGAUGGGCGGGCACGCCAUCCCCGUGCCCCCCAGCCUCAAAUUCCGGGCCUACCCUGCUAGGAUGAGCCCGGGGGAGAAUGGAUGAGGCAACAGGUUGGGCUUUGUUUGGGGGGGGGGGGAGGACUGAGCACAGAAGAGGGAAGGACGCCUCAAGUCAGCUACUUGCUUCCAGUGGCCUUGACUCUCAAGUAAGUUUUAUCCAGGUUGAAACCACAUCUACAUUUGUAUUGUCGAAGGCUUUCAUGGCCACAUCUACAUUGAUCUUUAAUGCUGGGUAUAGGAGUCCUAUAGGUGGAGGCCUCCAGGGCGAGGACACAAACCCCACCUGGCUAGGUUUUGUUGGUGUCUGUUGACUUGCAGCUUUGAACCUAACACGAUGGACCCUUCCACACAGGCACAUCACCCUACAUAUCAAGGCAGAAAAUCCCACAAUACCUGUUUUGAACUUGAAUAAAUAGGAAUGUGGACUUAGGGCCCUUCCACACAGCUACAUAACCCAAAAUAUCAAGGCAGAAAAUCCCACAAUACCUGUUUUGAACUUGAAUAAAUAGGAAUGUGGACUUUGGGCCCUUCCACACAGCCGCAAUGUGGAUUUAGGGCCCAUCCACACAGCCACAUAACCCUAAAUAUCAAGGCUGAAAAUCCCACAAUGCUUUGAACUGGAAUAAAUAGUAAUGUGGACUUUGGGCCCUUCCAUACAGCUGCAAUGUAGACUUAGGGCCCAUCCACACAGCCACAUAACCCUAAAUAUCAAGGCUGAAAAUCCCACAGUAUCUGCUUUGAACUGGAAUAUAUAGCAACGUGGACUUUGGACCCUUCCACACAGCCACAUAACUCAGAAUAUCAAGGCAGAAAAGCCUUAACAGCGCGCCUUGCAAUCAUGCUGGCCACAUGACCUAGGAGGUGUCUACAGACAACACUGGCUCUUCGGCUUAGAAAUGGAGAUGAGCACCAACCCCUCCAGAGUUGGACACGACUGGGCUUAAUGUCAGGGGAAAACCUUUACCUUAAAAGCCCACAAUACCUGCUUUGAAUUGGAAUAUAUAGCAAUGUGGAUUUAGUACCCUUCCACACAGCCACAUAACCCAGAAUAUAAAGGCAGAAAAUCCCAAAAUGCCUGCUUUGAACUGGAAUAUAUAGCAAUGUGGACUUAAGACCCUUCCACACAGCCCUAUAUCCCAGAAUAUCAAGGCAGAAAAUCCCACAUUAUUUAAGCGUGGACUCAGAUAACCACUUCAAAGCAGAUAUUGUGGGAUUUUCUGCCUUGAUAUUCUGGGAUACAGGGCUGUGUGGAAAGGCCCUGGGUUAUCUGAAUCCACACUGCCAUAUAUUCCAGUUCAAAGCAGAUAUUGUGGGAUUUCGUGCCUUGAUAUUCUGGGAUAUAGGGCUGUGUGGAAGGGUCUUCCUGGCCCCUUCCGCACAGCUGAAUAAAAUCCCACAUUUUCUGCUUUGAACUGGGAUAUAUGGCAGUGUGGACUCAGAUAACCCAAUUCAAAGAUAUUGUGGGAUUUUCUGUCUUGAUAUUCUGGGUUAUAUAAUUGUGUGGAAGAGCCCCCAGACAGGUCCUAUAUCCCAGGACCUGAUCCCAGGUUUUCUGUUCAUCCCUUAUUAUCUGGAAGUGCUGACUCAUAUAAUCCAGUUUAAACCUGGAAUCCAAUCCUGGGAUAGAGGACCUGUCUGGAAGGGCCUUGGGUUCACACUGCCAUAUAUUCUAGGUCAAAGCAGACAAUGUGGGAUUUUAUUCAGCUGUGUGGAAGGGGCCAAAGUAACACAAAGUAGCACAGUUUCUGUUCCUGGGUUAUCAAUGUCUUUUCCUAAUUGGUCCUAUCAUAAAAACAUGGGGAAAGUUUAUCAAACUGUACAAACUUUGUUUUUACGAAACACCCUACAGCACAUUUGGCUUUAGGGCCCUUCCACACAGCCCUAUAUCCCAGAAUAUCAAGGCAGAAAAUCCCACAAUAUCUACUUUGAACUGGAAUAUAUGGCCGUGAGAAUUCAGAUAACCCAAUUCAAAGCAGAUAUUGUAGGAUUUUCUGCCUUGAUAUUGUGGGAUAUAGAGAUGUGUGAAAGUGCCCUAUGUCUUUCAAUGAAUAUCUCAUCCAGUCUCAAAAAUUCAACUAAGGGCUCUUCCACACAGGCAUAUAACCCAGAAUAUCAAGGCAGAAAAUCCCAUAGUAUCUGCUUUGAACUGGAAUAGCUGAGUCCACACUGCCAUGUCUUCCAGUUCAAAGCAGACAAUGUGUGAUUUUAUUCAGAUGUAUGGAAAGGGCCAUAGUUUGUGGCAGCCACAACAAUGACGUUUCUGGAGGAUAAGAACUAUUUUUUAAAAUAAAUACUGCACAAUCAAUCAGGAAAUAACCCUUUCAAACCAGGAACAGAAGUUGUUUUUUUUUGCAGAUUUUGCUAGUAGUGGAAUUGGUUUACAUUGGCCCACACUUGCUGGGGAUGUUUUUUUUUUUUUAGAAGUGCACCAAGGAAGCAGGAUCUACACUGCCAUAUAAUGCAGUUU